GACACACUUACACGGUCACGUUGCACAGGUGUAAUGUGCACAAACGAGUCAGGUCACAUUCCUUUUCACACACGGAAGCUCGACGCAUUGCAAGGAGUUCAUAGCUGUCGCUGAGGGAUAACAUUCAGCUAUUCAGACUUAAUCCGCUCUUUGAGUUUUGUUUGUUGAAGCUGAUUCAUUGUGAUCGUGCGGGGACACAUCGGGUCACGGACAGGAGGGGGACCCAGCCCCCGGAGCCCUAAAGGCGGCGGAGCGGAGAUGUUUCUGGGGAACUUGUGAAAAUAUGAGCGCUCCUCACAGCCAUGUGGACGGUGUUAUUCUUUCUGAACCUGGGAGCUCUGCACUGUACAGUCUCCCGCUUUCCCCCCAGCCCAAUCAAUGUGACUUUCUCUUCAGUCAAUCUGUGGAAUGAGCUGCAAUGGUUCCCAGGAAGUGGCACACCGGAUGACACGCACUUUAAAGUGGAGUAUGCCAUCUACGGGGACAGUGUCGAGGGCAGCAAGGGCAGCAGAGAGAACUGGAGGGCGGUGCGCCGGUGUACCAAGAUAGUGCGGAGCCGGUGUGAUCUGAGCGAUGAGACGUGGGACCCGGAGGAGGGAUACUACGCCAGGGUCCGCGCCGUGAGCCGGAGAGCGGUCUCCGCGUGGGCCUUGACGCGCUGGAGAUUCGAUCCAAAGACGGACACUAGUUUUGGGCCUCCACUGGUCUCUGUGGAAAUAGAGGACAACAACGCCAUCAUCACUCUGAUGGGACCAAUGAGAUAUCAGCCUGAUAACCACUCCCCAGCGAUUUCCAUGGCAACACUAUACCCCCAGAUGACCUACAACCUCUCCAUUGAAAAUCGCGGCACCACACUCCACGUCCCAGUGGUCUCCAAUUCGUACACGUAUCGACUGAUGGAGUACAACACAGAGUACUGCUUCUCCGCCAAGUCCAGAUUCCAGUCCAUGCCCGCCAAAUGCCGGUCCUCAGCACGGCACUGCAUAACCACGCCUCAAGACCCUUUGAUUGGCCAGCUGCAGAUCGUGGUUGUGGGUAUUGUUAUUCCAUCGGUGUGCAUGUGUAUGCUGGCGGUGGUUGGCUACUUCCUCUAUCGCUACCUGAUGGGGAAAGGACAGAAGAGCCCAUAUAUACUGGAGGCGACUGCUUUUCAUCCGCCCGUUCUGACGUUUCCCCCUGAGAACCCCAAUCUCAUCGUCAUCACCAUCAUCAAGGAGGUUCACACGAAAACCGUCAAACCGGACCCCGGCCCACCGGGAUACGCCUCCCAGAGGCCCGAGGAGCCCUGGGAUGACCCGACUGUCGACUACGUGUUCGUUGGAGUUGCUCCCGAAACCGCUCCCGGAGGAGGAGGUGGGAAUAACCUGAGAGGGGAAGACCAGAGACCCGCCGCCGGACACAGGGACGAGAAAGAAGAAGAGUGCGUCGUCGAGAAGCGAGCAGAGAUGAGCACACCUACGCAAGAGAGGGCGUGGUUACUGGCGCAAACUCAGGCGUCGUUACUGGCAACCAUGCGAGAGGAGGAGGAGGAGGUGGAGGAGGAGAGACAGUUUCCAGGUUUGUUUAUAAGCACAACCCAACAAAGUGGCCUCUUCCGAAUGCCUUCAAAUCUACCGACGACGGAGAGGGAGAUGGAUGGAGGUGCAGAGAACAGAUGUGAAAAUGAGGAGAUGCCUCUUCUUUCAGCGUAUGCCAGUCAGCGCACCACAGACACGCCUCCCUCCCACUCGCACCCCUCAGAUUUCUUACCCGAUGACUACGGCGUUAUGAGAUUGGAGCACGGAACAGACGACGGUGAUCAUGAGGAGGAGGCAAAUAUUUGCAUUGAUUGGAAUCCCGAGACCGGGAAACUCGUGCUGCCGCAGAUGGACGGGUUGAUGCCGGGAGAGAAAGGGGGAAAGGAGGAAGAGGAAGAGGAGGAGGUCGUUGAGUUGAGGUUGGAAAAUGUGUUUGUCAGGCAAGGGUCCGAGGAAAAGGCAGAGGCCCAGAGAGAGAUGGAGGCAGGUGGAGGAACGGGGUGGGAGGCGGAUGACCUUUUGUCCAGAUGGAACUUGGUCAUCGCGAUGGACCAGUAGAUGAUAUUCAUCAAUAGAUUUACCCCAUUAUACCACAUUAUUAUUAUUUUAAAACUCUUAUUCUGCACUUAUAAAUGUACACUUCCAUUUUUUGAAAUUUUAUUUUGAAUAAAUUCAAAUUAAUAUAUGGAAAGCAAUAUUUAGUAAAAUAUUCUUAAGAGCACUUAGUUGGGUUACUUUAAUACUUUAAUGUGAAUGUUUCCGCUUUAAUGUCAUGACUUUAUCUGACAAACAAAUCACACUCAUCAAUGUCACACUGCGAUCGACUCUGAAGGAAAUUAUCUGCGUCUUGAGCAAACUGUAGCUCACUAAUCAAUUCAGUUAUUCGGGAUAACCGAGACAUCCAAAGUAUUUUUCCUCUUUCUUUUUUUUUGGAGACGGAUAAUCUGUAAUUUCGUGGCAAUACGAAAAAUGUGAAAAAAAGAUUACGACUUGAUGUAUGGGACCAAAGUUUAAUGAAGAUAAUCUGUGACCAUACAGGUCCAUAUUUACCUGAUAUUGUCUAGCGGUAGCAGUUGUGGGUAUUUUCAGGCUUCAGGCCCUGUUUCAGUCUCAGGAUCAUAACGUCAUUAUUUUCCCACUGUGUCCGUCUGUGAGUGCAGCAUUCCCUUUUAAUACAAAUCCAUCACUGCUGAAUAUGUUUUAUGAAGGAAAUACUAAUGAAAAAUACAGUAUCUAUCUUUGUGAUUUAAUGUGUUUAUAUAUGAAGUCAAAACUACAGCAUUUACUCUUUAUUCUUUUUCUACUCAGUGUAGAGAUUAUAAAAAUAAUGAAGCGGCCUAAAAAAAAGAAAAAAACAUUAUUUUCUAUCUUUUCUGUUUUUGUAGGAUACUUUUUCUUUUGUUUUGAGCCAAGGUGUUCAGAUGCUUGACAGGAUUUUUUUCCGUUAAUGCUGUCACAUCUAUAAGUUGCGCAACUGAUUCUUCUGUACAGCGUUAACACAAGUGUAAAAUAUGUAGGUGAUGAAAGCACAUUUCAUUAGCAUUUUUUUGUUUGUUAUUCAGAAAGAAAGCUACAUAAAUGAUUUAAUUAUGUAAUAAUGGAGGAAAACAUGAAGGUGUAUACCGAAACAUUAUAUGAAGGAAAUUUUGUCUUUGACUGUCUUCCCUCAGCAGUUCCUGACAUUGUGCUUUCUCAUUGUCUCAUUUGGGAACUUUUCGGAGAAUGAAAUACUGUAAAAUCUCUUCCUGUUUACUGGUAAUCUGCAUGAACCUAAAGCUCCAGUACGGGGAAUUUAUAAAACUCUACGGGUACUUUUAGGUUCAUGUACAACUCGGUGACGGGGUUGAUGCCGUUUAUGAAGAUGUAUCCAUUUUGAUCAAAUAGUUUUACCAUGGGGAAGAAGUUAAUAAUAUGUUUUUCAUAGUUUUGCAUGUUGCAAGCCAUACAUAUUGUAAAUUAUAAUAAAGUGAACUUGUUAA